ACACAAACCUAAAAAACACCCACCAAUGUCUCGUGAACUUAUUAUUCUCUGCCAACCAAUUCUUGUUCUGUUCCUUACUCUGUUUUACAAUUCUCAUGGCUACUUCGUCUCACAAGGAUCUGUAGGAAUCGGCUUCAACGGUUACUUCACUUUAACCAACACCACAAAACACACAUUCGGUCAAGCUUUCGAAAACGAGCACGUUGAAAUCAAGAACUCAUCGACAGGUGUCAUCUCAUCUUUCUCAGUCAACUUCUUCUUUGCGAUCGUCCCUGAACAUAACCAGCAAGGCUCACACGGUAUGACUUUCGUCAUCUCUCCCACAAGAGGCCUUCCCGGAGCUUCCUCCGAUCAAUACCUCGGAAUCUUUAACAAAACAAACAACGGUAAAGCCUCGAAUAACGUUAUAGCUAUCGAGUUAGAUAUUCAUAAAGACGAAGAGUUUGGAGAUAUUGAUGAUAAUCAUGUUGGGAUUAAUAUUAACGGUUUGAGAUCUGUUGCCUCUGCUUCUGCUGGUUACUAUGAUGAUAAAGAUGGAAGCUUUAAAAAACUUUCUUUGAUCAGCAGAGAGGUAAUGAGGCUUUCCAUCGUUUAUAGUCAACCUGAUCAACAGCUCAAUGUUACUUUAUUCCCUGCUGAGAUCCCUGUUCCGCCACUAAAACCGCUCUUGUCUUUGAACCGAGAUCUCUCGCCGUAUUUGCUUGAGAAAAUGUAUCUUGGAUUCACUGCAUCGACGGGGUCAGUUGGAGCAAUUCAUUACUUGAUGGGUUGGUUAGUUAAUGGUGUAAUCGAGUAUCCGAGAUUGGAGCUUAGUAUACCAGUCCUUCCUCCAUAUCCAAAGAAAACAUCUAAUAGAACGAAAACUGUUUUAGCCGUCUGCUUAACGGUAUCUGUGUUUGCUGCGUUUGUCGCUUCGUGGAUCGGUUUCGUCUUCUAUUUGAGGCAUAAGAAGGUUAAAGAGGUUCUUGAAGAAUGGGAGAUUCAAUAUGGACCUCAUAGGUUUGCUUAUAAGGAGCUUUUCAAUGCCACAAAGGGUUUCAAGGAGAAACAACUUCUUGGUAAAGGAGGCUUUGGUCAAGUCUAUAAAGGAACACUUCCGGGUUCUGAUGCAGAGAUCGCUGUGAAGCGGACUUCUCAUGAUUCAAGACAAGGGAUGAGCGAGUUUCUAGCCGAGAUAUCGACCAUUGGUCGUCUCAGACAUCCAAAUUUAGUCAGGCUUUUAGGAUACUGUAGGCAUAAAGAGAAUCUCUACUUGGUGUAUGACUAUAUGCCUAAUGGAAGCCUUGACAAGUAUCUAAACCGUAGCGAGAAUCAAGAACGGCUUACUUGGGAACAACGUUUCAGGAUCAUCAAAGAUGUUGCAACUGCUCUACUACACCUGCAUCAAGAAUGGGUACAAGUCAUCAUUCAUCGAGAUAUCAAACCAGCUAAUGUUUUAAUCGACAAUGAAAUGAAUGCGAGGCUCGGGGAUUUCGGACUGGCGAAACUGUAUGAUCAGGGAUUCGAUCCUGAAACAUCUAAAGUAGCGGGAACAUUCGGAUAUAUCGCACCAGAGUUUCUAAGAACAGGAAGAGCAACCACAAGCACUGAUGUUUACGCCUUUGGGUUGGUAAUGCUUGAAGUAGUGUGUGGUAGAAGGAUAAUUGAGAGACGUGCAGCAGAAAAUGAAGAAUAUCUUGUGGAUUGGAUCUUAGAGCUUUGGGAAAAUGGGAAAAUUUUCGAUGCAGCAGAGGAAAGUAUACGUCAAGAACAAAACAGGGGACAAGUUGAGCUUGUUUUGAAGCUAGGUGUGUUGUGUUCGCAUCAAGCUGCAUCGAUAAGACCGGCUAUGAGUGUGGUAAUGAGGAUUUUGAAUGGAGUUUCACAGCUACCAGAUAAUCUUCUUGAUGUUGUAAGGGCUGAGAAAUUUAGAGAAUGGCCUGAGACAUCAAUGGAAUUACUACUACUUGAUGUGAAUACAUCGAGUUCAUUGGAGUUAACCGACUCUUCUUUUGUCUCCCACGGCCGCUGAAAUUUUAAGUUUACCACUGAUUCUUUGUUUGCUAUGAAGAUGUAUCACAACUGAGAUUAUUACACAUUGUAAUACACAGCCGAAUGUUUUUUUUCCUGGUAUGUACAAGAAUAAGACCACACCGCCUCCUCCAAACAUUUUUUUAAUCCUUUUGUAUUUGAUAACAACUCGAUUAUUAAUCUUGAAAAUCAAUUCUUUUUCUUAGAGACCAUUGUCCGGUAAAUCCUAUGAAAUUGAAUGGUUAAGAAAUCUUAUAAUACUAU